CUCACCUCCACAUAAACCUUCCCCAAUCCAAUCCAAGAAAUUGUACUAAUUCCCAAAAGAGUGAAAAAAAAAUGGCAUCUUUUUCCCCUUCCCAAAUAAUUCCUCCCAUGAAGUCCCAUCUCAGUGUCACUCCCACUUAUUCACUUAACCCCUGCAAUUUCAGCUCAUAAGAAAAAGAUUAGAUGAAAGAGUAACUUCAAUUCGAUCCUGCAAAUUUCAAGAUCCAAUUUUUUUAGUUUCUUGAAUCUGCAAUGGCGGAUUCUUCUUCUCAUUCUUCUUCUGCAGCAGCUGCUGCAGUGAGUAUCCCGGCGGGCGAGGUGCCCCUGAAGACGAUGAUGGUGGCGAAGAGCUCGGUGUCAAGAAGCUGGGUUUUGUUUGACAGGAAAGGGCAAAGCGCGGUUCUUGAUUUGGACAAGUACUCAAUCUUGAAACGGGUGCCCGUUCACACCCGAGACCUUCGGAUUAUUGACCCUCUCCUCUCUUACCCCUCUGCCAUUCUGGGCAGAGAGAAAGUCAUCGUCCUCAACUUGGAGCACAUCAAAGCUAUAAUCACUACAGAAGAGGUACUGCUUCGUGACCCAUUGGAUGACAAUGUUAUCCCCAUUGUUGAGGAACUUCAAAGAAGGUUGCCUCUGGCGGCUAAGGGCGGUGGCCUAGCUGACAGAGAAGACAAUGACCGGCCACAACCAGCCACAGAAGAAACUGAUUCUGAUCAGCAAACCGAGUUUCCCUUUGAAUUUCAAGCUCUGGAAGUGGCUCUAGAAGGUAUAUGCAGCUCUCUUGACACACAGACAAGGGAUUUGGAGACUGCUGCUUACCCGGCUUUGGACGAAUUAACUGCAAAGAUUAGUAGUCGUAAUCUGGACCGGGUGCGAAAACUGAAGAGUGCAAUGACAAGAUUGACAAACCGGGUUCAGAAAGUGAGGGAUGAACUUGAAAACCUCCUUGAAGAAGAUGAUGACAUGGCAGAUCUAUACUUGUCCAGGAAAUUGGCAGCUGCUGCUUCAUCUUCUUCUUCUCCAGAGAGUUGCAAAAAUGCCGCGGUUCCUGACUGGUUCCAUGACUCUCCAACUCUAAGCUCUCAAUUGUCCAGAACAAUAAGCAGGAGAUCAUCAAGUCGCGGCGAAGCUCAUCAUCAUGAUGUUGAGGAACUUGAAAUGCUGCUUGAGGCUUACUUUGUACAGAUAGAGAGCACUAUGAACAAGCUGACAACGUUGCGAGAAUACAUUGAUGACACGGAAGAUUAUAUCAAUAUACAGCUAGAUAAUCACAGAAACCAGCUGAUCCAGCUGGAGCUGUUCUUGAGCUCGGGGACGGUGUGCUUGACAGUGUAUUCAAUGGUGGCGGCCAUAUUCGGGAUGAACAUCCCACAUCCUUGGAGAGACCAUCACGGCUACCUUUUCAAAUGGGUGGUCAUUCUCACGUCAAUGAUUUGUGGGUCCCUCUUCAUAUCAAUAGUCUCUUAUGCGCGGCACAGGGGUCUCGUUGGAUGAUCUUCUUGAUCAUUUUCAUCUUGUCAUUCAUUGAUUAUCAUAAAAAAAGUUCGACACUGUAUUUCGGAUAAUUUUUGCUAGAAUAAAACUAGACGUACACUAUUAGACUUUUGAGGAUCAAUAUUUGGACAAAAUAAUAUUGCAAUCGAAAAAAUUUUGUAUUCACAU